AUGCAAGCCUGCCUCCGUUUUCCAACCACCCCAUCCAACUCUAAUGAAGCUCACUUCAACAUUCCGAGACCUUGUCAACACCUCGGCGUUGGACAUGGUGGAGAGGUCAGUGCUCUUGAAAUUAGAAAGGAAACACGAACUCAGCCGAACGGUCGACCCGGCAAUCCAGCUGAAGGGGAACUUCGCCCGGUCGGCGAAUGCCCGGUCCAGCACGGGCUCGAAGUAUUGGGCCAGAUCCCCGAGGGUUUAAGUGGGGUAUACCUGAGGAAUGGUGGCAACCCGAUGUUCCAACCAGCCAACGGCCAUCACCUGUUUGACGGGGACGGCAUGAUCCACGCCGUUAAACUGGGAUUUGGGAAUCGAGCCAGCUACUCCUGUCGGUUCACCCGCACGAGCCGGCUCGAGCAAGAAGCCGCGCUGGGCCGGCAUGUUUUCCCCAAGCCGAUAGGCGAGCUACACGGCCAUCUCGGUUUGGCUCGGCUCGCUCUGUUCUACGCUAGAGCGGGAAUCGGCUUGGUCGACCAGGCUCGCGGUGCCGGCGUGGCUAACGCCGGGUUAGUCUAUUUCAACGGUCGGCUUUUGGCCAUGUCCGAGGACGAUCUUCCGUAUCACGUCGCAAUCAGGAGCGAUGGUGACCUUCAAACGAUCGGACGGUUUAAUUUUAAUGGACAGAUAGAAGGGUCCAUGAUUGCUCAUCCUAAAGUGGACCCUGCCACAGGCGAUCUCCACAGCCUGAGCUACAACGUGCUUAAAAAACCGUACCUCAGGUACUUCAAAAUCGACAAGUGGGGGAGAAAGUCACGUGACAUACCCAUAUCCCUGCCGCAGCCAACCAUGAUUCAUGACUUCGCCAUAACGGAAAAUCACGUCGUUGUCCGGAUCACCAGGUCGACCAGGAGGGCAAUAGUCCCGGGGAUGAACCUGGAGGCCGGACAGGUGAACAGGCGGCGACUGGGCUGGAAAACCCAGUAUGCGUACAUGGCAAUAGCGGAGCCAUGGCCGAAGUGUUCGGGAUUUGCCAAGGUCGAUUUAGUGACCGGCCAAGUGACGAAGUUCUUGUACGGCAAUGAAAGGUUUGGCGGGGAGCCGUGUUUCGUGCCCAGCAUGGCCGGCGACGUAGACGAAGACGAGGGAUAUGUGAUGGGUUUUGUGAGGGAUGAGAGGAGAGAGAGGUCGGAGUUGCUGAUAGUUAAGGCUUCAAGUAUGGAGCAAGUAGCCUUGGUGAGGUUACCCAGCAGAGUGCCCUAUGGUUUUCAUGGGACAUUUGUCAGUUCACAGGACUUAAGUGAACAGGGACAAACCAUGUUUAUUAGACCAGUUGAAAGUCACUCAAAUUUGCUUGGGGUUGACCCUUAUGCUGGUGGGACCCAGUUACCUUGCAUGUUAGCUGGCUGGCCAAAUUAA